AUGCGGAACUCACUCCGGGUGUGGGUGUUGGAUCUGGAGUGUUCCUCUAGGGUUGGGAUGACGGGAGGGACCCAGCCAGUCACACUCGCCUGGGGCUGCCGAGUGAAAAGCGUCAUCAUCCACGAAAUUGGUCACGCGGUUGGCUUCCAUCACGAACAGACCCGACCGGAUCGGGACGAGUUCGUACGAAUAGUCCGACAGAACAUUCCUUCGCACCUGUACUACAACUUCCAGAAAUACACGCGUAACGUUAUCAACACGUAUGACGUAGCCUACGACUAUACGAGUAUUAUGCAUUAUGGGCAGCGGGCUUUCUCUGCCAAUGGUGGGGUGACGAUUGUUGCCAAGAACUCGAGGUUUCAGAAUCGUAUGGGCAAGAGCGCAGGUUUCAGUUUCAAGGAUAUCAAACUGGCUAACCUCAUGUACCAGUGUGCCGCUCACUGCGGUAGACGUAGCUGUCCAGGUGAGGGGUUUGUGGGGAAAGACUGCAACUGUUGGUGUCCCGGAAAUCCAUACCGGAGAUGUUCCGGAAAUGGUGGCGGGACCGGAAAUGGUGGUAGAAAUGAAACCGGAACGGGCGGUGGAACAGGAACUGGAACCGGAACUGGCGGCGGAACAGGAACUGGUGGAGGCACUGGAACCGGGACAGGGACAGGGACUAGGACGUGUCGAGAUCAGAAUUCUAAUUGUGCUAACUGGGCGCGGAUGGGCGAGUGUGAUAACAACCCAGCAUACAUGCUGUCAUUCUGUAAGAAGUCUUGUAGAAAAUGUGGCGGGGGUGGCGGUAAUGGAGGAGGUUCAAGGUCUUGCAGAGACUUGAGUAUCUACUGUGGAUACUGGCGGAGAAGAAACUACUGUGGGAGUGCAGCAUAUUCGGCAUUCAUGUCUACAAACUGUCGGAGGUCCUGUAACAAGUGUUCAACCGCUAAUUCUGCGGCAUCAGGCAGACAGCCAUCAUCAUCACGGUGUAGCGACAGCAACAGCAUGUGCACGUCGUGGGCUAGAAGCGGAGAGUGCACCGCCAACCCAGCCUACAUGAUGACGUCAUGCCGACGCUCGUGCAAUGCGUGCAGCGAUAGCGCGCCUGUUACGUACAACCAGCAACAGACGUGUAUUGACAGCGACACGAUGUGUACGACGUGGUCACGACGUGGUGAAUGUCGCUCCAAUCCCAGCUACAUGCUUGUUUACUGCAGACUUUCGUGUGGAGUGUGUAGUGUUAGCAAAUAAUGUUCAGUGAUUAGUUCACAUUCUCUCAUCCUCAGGUAUAUAGGACAGAGCUACCCCAUGGAAGAAAGUCAUGUAAGAAAUUUCUAUCCUACAUGGGAUAUCAUGCGCACUCCUUUGACAUGACGUCGUUGGUAAUAUAUGACGUUAUAUUAGUGUGAGAUGGUGACGUGAGGUCAUUAGACAGUUUUAAAUUAAUAUUUUGUUAUUAAAACCUUCAUUAUAAAA